GCGGCCACACUGAUCCCUAUAGAGCGCACGUUUUGUUUUGUUUCCUCAAUUUCGGUGAAAUACGAAAUAAAAACCCACGAAUAUGGCUGCCAAACCAGCUAGCAGUGAGCUCAGCAUGGAGAACAUUUCACUAGAGGCCCUUUCGCUGAGCGAAGGCAUCCAGGACUCGCCCGUCUGCAUUAUUGUGCUGGGCAUGGCUGGUUCCGGCAAGACGACUUUCACGCGCAGCCUCAUCCAGCACGCCCAGGAAAAGUUCAACCCGUAUGUCGUCAACCUGGACCCCGCAUGCCGCGAGGUGCCGUAUGCGACGCACAUCGACAUCCGCGACACAGUAAACUACAAGGAGGUGAUGAAGCAAUAUCAACUGGGACCCAAUGGCGGUAUAGUGACGGCCCUAAACAUGUUUACCACCAAGAUGGCCAAAUUCGCAGAGCUGGUGCGUCGGGCCGGGCAGCGUGGCCACAAGUGGUGCAUCAUCGACACACCUGGCCAGAUUGAAGUUUUCACCUGGUCGGCCUCGGGUAACAUCAUUACCGAAGGCUUGGCUACCAUGUUCCCCACCAUCAUUGUGUAUGUUAUGGAUGUGGUACGCUCCGCCUGUCCCACCACCUUCAUGUCCAACAUGCUCUACGCCUGCUCCAUUCUCUACAAGACCCGGCUGCCCUUCCUUGUGGCCUUGAAUAAGAUUGACCUGAAGGACUGUAGCUUUGUUCAGGAAUGGAUGACGGACUUUGAGGCUUACCAGGAUGCCCUCGAGCAGGAGCAGAGUUUCGUGAACAACCUCACACGCACCAUGUCCCUCACUCUAGACACCUUCUACGAGAACCUGGUCACCUGCGGUGUCUCGGCCAAGACAGGCGUCGGCUUUGCCCAGCUCAUAAAGCAUGUCCUCGACUGCGUGACGGAAUACGAGAAGGACUACAAGCCAGUGUACGAGAAGAUGCGACUGGAGCGCCUUGCCGAGCAGCAAGCCAUGCUACAGCCAGCUUCCACGGUUGAAGAUUCGGGUACUGCAGUUCCCAUGGGGCUGGACCUCAAGGAUCCUCCUCCUUACUCUGGCAACAACAUGUUCUUGAUGGCCCCUGGCCUUGUGCCGCAGCAAAUGGAUUCUGAAGAGUUCGAAGAUGAUAUGGAGACUGAUGCCAAGGGCAACACGGAAGAGCAGAACUUUCAGACAUUUGUCCAGAGUCACCUGACGGCCCAGAAAACCAAGCGCAACAAAUUCAUUCAGGAGCAGCAAAAGCCUUAACGUGAUAUGCAGAGUUGAAUAUAAAUAUUUUGUAGGACUUAACCAUAACUUGUUGUUCCGAAGUGACCCCCAAACUGGAGGUGAGAUAAUAUAAUAUAAUAUAUUAUAUGUAUAGAAUGAUAAAACAUAGUGGAUCCAAAUCGAUUUACUAUAACUUUCAGCAGAUUUGAAUUCUCUUAAAUAUUGAAUUUUGUUCAUGGGCAAUUGGAAAUUUCCACCAUCUUUGUUAUGUCGCUAUUGCUGAACUUCUGCUCGUCAACAGCACCAGCCACCAGCUCCUCGUCAUUUUUAAUUUUUUCAACCGACACCGCCUCUAGGAUCAGGCGGUUCUGUCACAUAAAUGAGAUGCUGACAUUGAGGAACAAGAUGCGAUUCAGUUUCUUGGAAAACAGUUUGCCUUGAAUAAAACUUGACCGAAAAACUGGUAACAUAUAUACAGAUUGUCACAAAAACCCCAGAUCAACUAAACCGGCAAAUUGAUAUUUAAGCAAAUUAUAAUGUUGCCCAAGACGCUGUUGACCUUCGGGCGCCGUCUCGUUCAUCAGAAAUAUAUUUUUAAGGGUCCCAUACUCCGAGCCCUACGGGAACCCGAAUGCAACUCAAUUGAGGUACCGCAGGUAGAGGAAGAUACCGCUACAGUGCAGCUGCCUGACUAUAUAGAUCCAAAAUGCCUCCAGCCCGUGACGGCUGGGAAAGGUGUGCGUCUAAAGAAAACUGUCAAUGGGGAGCAGCAUCAGGACGAGAAGCAGAAAAGCUAUGACUACAAAUAUCACUCCUACUCUCUAUACGAUUUACACGAGGCCACAACGCGUUUGGCUGAGGAACAGUCGAAGAAGAAAGCCAAAAAUUAGUAAUUCUGUAAAGUUCAAAAUGGUAGCCAACAAAAGUAGCGACCGGAAAUCUAGGAAAAUAAUUCAAUUCUGAAAGAAUACACGCAACAGCUCUAUUAAACUGAAAAAUGGAUUUUCGAAAA